AUGCCUGCGUGUGUGCCACAGUGCUCAUCAUCACGGUUCUACAAUACUCAUUUCCCUUUCGUUGAUUUGCGCUCUACGUCAACGGUCCCACUCCCUCAGACGCAUGAACAUCUAGAGGCACACACACACACACGCGCGCGCGCGCGCUCACAUCGGUGCUGGUUGCUCAGGUGCUCCACCCAAUUUGAAGGGGGGAACGGAGCGGAGACUGCACGCGUGGCAGCGUUUCGACCGUGUGCUGCACUGCCGGCAGAGACCUGCCUCUGUAAGCUAGCACCGCCCCUCUCGGGCUGUUCUGUAACUGUGCCUCCGCCAACUGUCAUGGUCCCUUCCGCACUUCGCUCUUGUCAUCGCCCUUCUCCCCGUUGCCGUGGUGCUGACUCGCGUGCGCGCAGAUUCGCCGUCUAUCAGCACCUUUUUCGUUUUCUCUUGCACAGGUCCGCAACGAGUCCCAUCGCAGCGGCCGCAUCCAAAGUCGCGCACCAUUCCGCCGAGAUGGACACCGCAUCCGAUCAUUGCGAGCCCCAGGAGCAGGGCGAGAGUCGCAAGUGGUAUGAAAUGACUGCAAGCGAGUUCUACGUGUACGUCGUCGCGUUCAUGUGCGGCGUGUCCAUGAUGAUGUCCGUCAAUGCCGUCUUCUCCGCGCCUGCAUACAUUAUGACGUACUACCGCUACGCCAUGCAGGACCCGGAAGCAGUUCCGCUGUACACAAACUUCUGGGGCAACGUCAUGACCUACUACAACCUCAUCGGUAUCGUGACGAGCCUGAUCAUGGAGCCGCUGACGCUGCUCAGCUGGUUCCGCCGCGUCCCGAUGAAGGUGCGUCUGCUUGGCGGCCUGAUCAUCCUGAUUGUCGAGAUCGUCGUGCUUAUGGCGGUGCCUGCGCAUGGCACGAGCGAGGCCGGUGCCGUGGCCACGAUCUGCUGCACCGGCUUCAUUGGCGGCUUCGGCAAGAGCAUCUUCGAGUCCACGACGUACGGCAUGUUCGGUGCCUUUCCCUCGAGCUUCACGUCCAUCAUGAUGGGUGGCGUCGGCAUGUCUGGUGUGCUGACGUCGCUGCUGCAGAUCAUCGUGAAGGCUGCGCUGCCCGACUCCUACGAGGGCGUAAAGAAGCAGUCGAAGAUCUACUACGGCCUGGACGUGGGUAUCCAGGGCAUGACCUUCGUUGCGCUGAUCCUGCUCCGCUUCAACAGCUUCGCCCAGAACCACUUCGGUGACCUCGGUGCUAUGAAAAGCAAGGUGGACGCCGGCAAGCUAUCGGCGGAGGCGCUCUGCCACCCCGACGAGCACCCGACUCAUGACAAGGAGGGUUGCAACCCUUCUUCGGGGAAGGAGGUGCCGGCCUUGGGUGAGGUGCAGACGGCCGUCGCCAAGUCGGAGGGCCCGGAUGUGGCGGACGAGAGCUCGUGGCCGCGCGAGGUGGAGGGCCCGACGAGUAACGAGAUCCUCGUGGCCACCGCCAUCUUCAGCACACUGCGCCGUGUCAAGUGGAUGUUCGUCGCCUGUGCCUUUAAUUUUCUCAUUACGCUGUUCCUCUUCCCCGGCAUCGCUGUCGGCAUGUUCCCGGACUCGAAGUGGUUUUCGACGAUCGCCGUGUUCAUCUUCAAUGUGUUCGAUGUGCUGGGCCGCUUCUCGCCGUCGCUGAAGUUCAUGUGGCCGCGGUCGUACAAGCAGCGCUGGAUCAUCGUGGCGGCGUCCUUCGCGCGCGUCAUCUUUGUGCCGCUGCUGCUGCUGCACUCGUACCACUACAUCCCGGGCGAGGCGUACGGCUACGUGAUGGAGGUCAUCUUCGGCUUCUCGAACGGCUACGUGGGCUCGAUGGCGCUGGUGCUUGGCCCGCAGUCGAAGGGCAUUGACAACGACGGCAAGCGCUUCGUUGCAGGUACUCUGAUGGGCAUUUCCAUCCUCGUCGGCGGCACGAUCGGCACCGUUCUCAGCAUCAUGACGCAGACUAUCCGCGAGCGCCACUGA